GUGUGUAGAGAGGAGCUGACAGUCAGUCUACCCUGAACCCUGCUGGAUAGUAGCUGUGAGAAGCUGAGCCCUGAGCCUCUUGUAACUCCAUCCUACUACAUACAGCCCACCAUGGAUGUCAAAGUACUGGCUGUGUUGGUCCUACUGGCUGUGGCCUUGGAUGUACCUCCCUCUACGGCGAAGCCCAUCAGCCUGGUAGAGAGAUGCUGGUGUCGCUCCACUCUCAACACCGUCCCUCAGAGGAGCAUCAGAGAGCUCAAGUUCCUUCACACACCCAACUGCCCUUUCCAAGUCAUUGCCAAGCUGAAGAACAACAGGGAGGUGUGCAUUAACCCCGAGACCAAAUGGCUGCAGACGUACCUGAAGAAUGCCAUUAACAAGGUGAAGAAGUCCAGAAGACGUGCUCAGUAAAGGAUACGUAUACACUAUCCUGACCGGCCCGAAGUGCCCCAGUCCCAGGCCAGCUCUCCUCCUCCUCCUCCUCCUCCUCCUCUACUCAGAUAUGUAACUCUGUAGCUACACGUCUCUGCUCUGGAACACUCUGGAAUGCUCUGGAAUGUUCUGGAACAUUCUGGAAUGCUCUGGAACGCUUGCAAAACCAGCACUUCACCGCCAGACCGACCAUGAUGCCUUGCUGCUGCUGCUGACCCCGCAGCCACCCUGCCUCCCACGCUGCAGACACCUCUCCUCACGCUGUUAGCACCAAGUGCAUAUACCUAAUUAUAUCGGAAUGUGUGAGUACGUGUGUAAAGAGUGUGUGAGUACGUGUGUAAAGAGUGUGUGAGCGCAGUGUGGUUGUUCUUUGUGUGUGUGUGUGUGUGUCUGAACUGAGUGUGUAAGUGUACGUCUGUAUAUAAAGUAUUUUUCCUACUUUUACAAGAGGCAGUAAAGGGACAUUUAAAGUUUUUACACCCGGCUCACCGUCUCAAAUGUGCUGAGCAAGGACUUGUGGGUAUCACCAGGGGUGGGUUCUGACUGAGGGCUUGAGCCUACUCUGUAAGAGGCGACCAAUCAGGGCUGAUCAAACAUUCAUAACAGGGGAAAUAGAUAGUCACCCCUAACUGAUCCAAGGUCAGAUGUUGUUUAAUCCCUGAUGGUUAAGGCUAGGAUGGUAGGGAAGGAAAUCUUAGAUCUGUGGUCAGGGGCAACUUCUAUGUCAAGCCUUAACAAGCAUUCCAGUCUAGCCAAGACAAUGGAGGACAUGCAUUGAUUCAGGUGUUUCAACUCAAGGGAUCAGAAGACAUUAGUUUGAAGUGAUACAUAUCUUUUCAGGAAGAGAGGCUGUGCACUGAAUCACAUGGAGUUUCCAUUCACAAGAACAGACCGGUGAAGAUCCCAAUCAGACGAUGUGUACAGGCCAGGGGUUUCUAACCUCUCCUCGGUGGCCACCAGACGUUUCACUAUUUAGUUGUAGCCCUGAACUAACUCACCUGAUUCACCUAUUCAAGGCUGGUUAGUUGACAAGUUGAAUCAGGUGUGUUAGCUGUGGAAUAGAUCAAAUACAUGGAAUGACUGGGGGUCCCCGAGGAGAGGUUUGAAAACCAGUGCUGUAAUAAAGGGGAAGUUAUCUGCUGUAAUAUAAGCCGACAGCCUUUAUUGGAGGCAGACAAUUCUGUAUUACAGUCCUGUGCCGAAUAGAAAAGCCCACACAAUUAGAAGUAACUUAAGCAACUCAGCAAGAGCCAAGGGUUGUAAGAACGAUGGCCUUGUGGGAUAAGAUUGUAAUGCAAAACAGGGAUAAAACCCCAUAUCAAUGCAGCUUUUUAUACAGUUUGUGUGAAUGUAAUGUUGUCUGUUGCUAUAGUCUAGGCUGUAAGGCAUUGAAUGAGACACCGAGUCAUUUUUCAGCAAAACAAGCAAUAUGAAAUAAAUUUACCUCAAUAUUCUAGGUAUUUACUAACAAAUACUGGCGCAAAAUAAUUGCUGUAUUAUAUUAAGUAUAGUAAGAUUCAUUACAUACAUUUCUAUACAGGAUCACAUUGUCUGAUUAUUGGAUUUCACUCUUCAAUUGCUUAGGAGCUCACUUUAGGCCUACUCCAUAGUUAUAAACCCUCACAUAUCCUUAGGCAGGAUUUUAAAGCCAGUAUACGGCCACAUGAAAUACCUGUUACUAUCCUACAGUAUUGACUAUCACAUUGAAACUGAAUGUUGCUGAGCUGGGGGCGAAGGAAAGUUAUCCUACUUUUAUCGUUGAGCCACUUUAAAUACCAGAUACGUCUUUUAAAUUGGUAUUUUUACUGUAAUGAUUUUUAUUUUUGUAUAUUUCAUAUAUUCUAAGAUAAUGAGAUAUAACACAGUGUUUGUAAGUACAUUUAAGCAGUAUUAGAUGAAGGCAUAACCAGAGAGUACUGUAUACCAACUGCAGUACUACUGUAUUAUCAAAUCAAAUUUUUAUACAUUUAUCACUUUUCCAAAAACGUUUAUUUGCAAUAUCAUAAAAACACAACAUGCUAUGUGUCUAUUA